UAAGAAUUGAAUUGUUAUCUGUUGUUGUUGUGCAUGUUCACCUGAGAAAAGUACUCAGCCACAAUCUAAUCCCAUAAAGAGCGCAAUGACAUCGGCAAGGUAUCUAAUUAAGAUUGACGUCGAAUGGGGUAUCAAGCGAUUGGUGCAUGCCCAACAAAUUGUCGAGCAGCGUCCCUACGACAUGGAGUCGUGGUCACUGAUGUUGCGCGAGGCACAAACGCGUCCCGUUAACGAGGUGCGCACUCUGUACGAGUCCUUGGUGAAUGUGUUUCCCACGACGGCACGCUACUGGACGGUCUACAUUGAGAUGGAAAUGCGAAGCGGUUUCUAUGAGCGGGUCGAGAAACUCUUCCAGCGUUGCCUGGUCAAAAUACUCAACAUUGAUCUGUGGAAACUGUACCUGACCUAUCUGCGAGAUACCAAAGCCGGCCUCAGCAUGCACAAGGAGAAGAUGUCUCAGGUGUAUGAUUUCGCCCUUAAAAGGAUUGGCAUGGAUUUGCACUCGUUGAACAUUUGGCAGGACUACAUCCAUUUCUUGCACGGCGUUGAGGCCAUUGGCAACUAUGCGGUGAAUCAAAAGAUUAACGACAUUCGGCGUGUCUACCAAAAGGUGAUUGUCACACCCAUUGUCGGCAUUGAGCUUCUGUGGAAGGAUUAUAUUGCCUUCGAGCAGAACAUCAAUCCCCUCGAUGCGGAAAAGGUCAGUUUGGAGCGUUCCAAGGAUCAUAUGAAUGCACGUCGCGUCGCCAAGGAAUUGACGCAUCUCACAAAGGGCCUCAAUUGCAAUCUGCCCGCUGUGCCGCCAACGCUGGCCAAAGCGGAGACCAAACAGAUUGAGCUGUGGAAGCGUUUCAUUGCCUAUGAGAAAUCGAAUCCAUUGCGCACCGAGGAUACGGCACUGGUCACGCAUCGCGUCAUGUUCGCCAUCGAGCAAUGCCUGCUGGUUCUCACCCAUCAUCCGGCCGUGUGGCAUCAGGCAUCCAAAUUUCUGGAGACAAGUGCCGGCGCUCUCGCCGAGAAGGGCGAUCUGCUGGCGGCGAAAAUCUUUGCCAAUGAAUGCGCCAACAUAUUGGAGCGCUCUAUCAAUGGUGUACUGUAUCGGAAUGCGUUGCUGCAUUUCGUCUAUGCGGACUUCGAGGAGGGUCGUCUCAAGUACGACAAGGUGCACAGCAUCUACAACAAAUUGCUCGCACAGCCGGACAUUGAUCCCACCCUGGUCUACGUCCAGUACAUGAAGUUCAUCCGUCGCACCAAGGGCAUCAAGUCGGCGCGUGCCAUUUUCAAGCAGGCACGCAAGGAUGUACGCUCCAGCUACCACAUCUUUGUAACGGCCGCUCUAAUGGAGUACUACUGUUCCAAGGACAAGGAGAUUGCGUUCCGCAUCUUUGAGAUGGGCCUCGAGCGUUACGGCGACAAUCCCGAUUACGUCCUAUGCUAUAUUGAUUAUCUAUCACAUUUAAAUGAGGACAACAACACACGCAUGCUCUUCGAGCGCGUCCUCAGCUCCGGCUGCCUAACACCGCCAAGGAGCGUGGAGAUAUGGAAUCGCUUCCUUGACUUUGAGUCCAACAUCGGUGAUCUGUCUAGCAUCCUGAAAGUGCAGCGCCGACGGAAUGCAGUCUUUGGACGUCUUAAUGAGUACAAGGGCAAGGAGACGGCACUGCUGGUGGAACGCUACAAGUUCCUCGACAUGUAUCCCUGCAACGGCAUCGUGCUCAAGUCCAUUGGCUAUGCGAGCCCUGUCGACGGCGAUGCCAAGGAUAAGGGGGAUGCGACACAGUCGUUGGCUCGACCGGAUUUCACACAGAUGAUACCAUUCAAGCCGUGCACCCUUGCCAUGUCCGGCGACCAUCCGCUGGUGUACGGCAUCUUUCCUCAGCCACCCGGCUUGGCCGCACUUUGCGCAGCCCUGCCGCCGCCAAACUGCUAUCGCGGACCAUUUGUCAGCGUAGAGCUGCUCUUCGACAUCUUCAUGCGUCUCAAUCUGCCGGAGUCGGCACCCCAGCCGAAUGGCGACAACGAUCUGACGCCAAAGAUUUUCGACUUUGCCCAAUCAGUGCACUGGAUUGUGGACACCUGCACAAAUACGGCAGUGCGAGAGCGUCGUCUGCUGCCCACCGGCGAUGACAGCGAUGAUGAACUGCAGCCAACGGCGCCACCCCCAAACGAUGUCUAUCGGCUGCGACAACUCAAGAGAUUUGCCACAUGCAAAUAGUUUUGCAUAAGCAAACUGCCCAAAAGCGCAAAAAAUAUUGUAUAAAUAUAAUAGCAACAAUGGAGCAUAGAUCAGUUCAUAAAUAUGCAUGCCGUGCCCAAUAAUUAAUAAAUAAAUGAAACCAGUUGUAUAAAUAUUUAGAUACUAAGAUAGUUGCUUUUUGGAAUGAACCCAAGUUUAAAUAUUA